UCCCAUCCUAUGGGAUUCAGGAGUCUCUACCCAAGCCUCCACUCAGAUCUUUGAUCUAGAUUCUUCCUAAAGUAGUCAUCCACACAAGCCUUCCAGAAUUUAUCAUAGAGUGUGUAAUCGCCAACAGCCCGGAAGAAGCCAGUAGCCCUUUACAAGUAUGGUUGCAAUUGCCUCAUUUCCUGUAUCAUGUGACUCUCCCGUCGUCAUCACAUGACCUGUCCACUCUAUUAUGCCGGAAUUAACCCGAAGGGCUAAUCUGGUGUCAGUAGCUACCGCGGGUACCUGCAUCUCUGUUUUUAUUUAGUGGAUCCUCUAUCCCGCUGAGGCUCGGGAACCCUGCAGACUUCUCAUCUAGUGGUAGAGCUUUCAAGUCCUCCCAUAGAGGAGUGUCUCAAGCACCUGGGCCGGGUAGGCAUCAUGGCUGCCAGCCUCAUGGGAUUGCUUCUACUUCAGGCAGUUUCGUGGGCAUCAGGUGCCCGCCCAUGCAGCCCUAAAAGCUUUGGCUACAGCUCAGUGGUCUGUGUCUGCAAUGCCACGUAUUGUGACUCUCUUGACCCCCUGACCCUGCCUGCCACUGGCACCUUCAGCCGCUAUGAGAGCACACGCAGUGGCCGCCGAAUGGAGCUGAGUCAGGGGACCAUCCAGGCCAACCGCACGGGCACAGGGCUGCUACUGACCCUGCAGCCAGAUCAGAAGUUCCAGAAAGUGAAGGGAUUUGGAGGGGCCAUGACAGAUGCUGCUGCUCUCAACAUCCUUGCCCUGUCACCCCCUGCCCAGGAUUUGCUACUCAAAUCGUACUUCUCUGAAGAAGGAAUCGAAUACAACAUCAUCCGGGUACCCAUGGCCAGCUGUGACUUCUCCAUCCGCAUAUACACCUAUGCCGACACCCCUGAUGACUUCCAGUUGCACAACUUCAGCCUCCCAGAGGAAGAUGUCAAACUCAAGAUACCCCUGAUUCACCAAGCCUUGAAUUUGGCCCAGCGCCCUGUCUCACUCUUCGCCAGUCCCUGGACAUCACCCACUUGGCUCAAGACCAAUGGGAAAGUGAAUGGGAAGGGGUCACUCAAGGGUCAGCCAGGGGAUCUCUACCACCAGACUUGGGCCAGAUACUUUGUCAAGUUCCUGGAUGCCUAUGCUGAGCACAAGUUACAGUUCUGGGCAGUGACAGCUGAGAACGAGCCUUCUGCAGGGCUCAUUAGCGGGUACCCCUUCCAGUGCCUGGGCUUCACCCCUGAACACCAGCGAGACUUCAUUGCCCGUGACCUGGGUCCUGCCCUUGCCAACAGUACGCACCACAAUGUCCGUCUGCUCAUACUGGAUGACCAACGCUUGCUGCUGCCCCGCUGGGCCCAAGUGGUGCUGGAGGACCCAGAGGCAGCUAAGUACGUUCAUGGUAUCGCUGUACAUUGGUACCUGGACUUUCUAGCUCCAGCAAAAGCCACGCUGGGGGAGACACACCGCCUGUUCCCCAACACCACGCUCUUUGCCUCAGAGGCCUGUGUGGGCUCCAAGUUCUGGGAGCAGAGUGUGCGCCUAGGCUCCUGGGAUCGAGGGAUGCAGUAUAGCCACAGCAUCAUCACGAACCUCCUCUACCAUGUGGUUGGCUGGACUGACUGGAACCUUGCCCUGAACCCCGAAGGGGGACCCAACUGGGUGCGCAACUUUGUUGACAGCCCCAUCAUCGUGGACAUCACCAAGGACACGUUUUACAAACAGCCCAUGUUCUACCACCUUGGCCACUUCAGCAAGUUCAUUCCUGAGGGCUCCCAGAGAGUGGGGCUGGUUGCCAGUGAGAAGACCAACUUGGACACAGUGGCACUGAUGCAUCCUGAUGGCUCUGCAGUUGUGGUCGUGCUAAACCGCUCCUCUAAGGAUGUGCCUCUCACCAUCAAGGAUCCUGCUGUGGGAUUCCUGGAGACUAUCUCACCCGGCUACUCCAUUCAAACCUACCUGUGGCAUCGCCAGUGAUGGAGCAGAUACCCAAGCAGGCACCUGGGCUCAGCAUGGGCGUUGAAGGGACAGAGUCAGCUCACAUGUUGUCUGUGGCUAAAGAGGGUAUAGCAGGGCUGGGGUGAGCCUGAGUGACGUAAGCCCAGGGGCAGUGGUUUGGGUGACUCACUCUCCCCUCUAGUUGGUGCCAGGGGCUGGAGGCCCCUAGGGAAAGGAUCGGGAAGCCCAGUGGCCCCCCCACCCCCAUGCUUGUGUGAGUGUGUGCUCUGUGCUGGUUGCCUGUGGAAACUGGGCUCAGGCCCAGAGUGAGCUCAUUGUCUGUUGAAGCACAAGAUGGGGGUGGGGGAGAGGUGAAGGAAAGGAAGAGACUAGGAAAGCUGGACCCAAAACUGGGGACUGUUUGUCUUUCUUGGAGAUGCAAAACUGGGCCCAUGCAGAAGAUGUCAGCAUCAGGGCAUGCAG